AUGAAGACACCUCUCCUCUUCUGCCUCUUCUCGGCCCUGCUGGAUACAGGGACCUGUGUUUCGUGCGAGGUUUGCUUCAGCACAAGUGACAGCUGUACGGGCAGUGUGCAAGUCUGCAGUGAGCGAAUGGAUUCCUGUGGGAUCAUUAAAACAGAAACCGUAGCAGGCGAGAUUAAGAGUCCUAACUUUAUCAAGGCCUGCGUGUCCUCCAGCCAAUGCGGCCUCAGUCCUCUUUACAUGACUUUUGGGAACGGGAUCUCCAUGAUCACGAACAUCGCCUGCUGUGUGGGGCAGGCCUGUAAAACAGCCUCCGUUACCGUGCCCCCGGCUAACACCACCCUGAACGGCCGGCACUGCCCAGCCUGCUACUCUGUGUUUACCCAUCACUGCAAUGAAGAGAUCAUCGACUGCACAGGAGCCCAGACCCAGUGCAUCCAUAUCAGCGGCACCGUGAAAACCGGUGGGACAACCGUGCACAGCACCCUGAAAGGCUGCGCCACCGAGUCUGCCUGCACCAAUAUACAACAGUUCAAAGGGGCCUUUGCGGGAUUCAGUGCGGAUCUCACUACGGCCGAAUGCAGACCAGCCUUCCGUGUGGCCAGCAUGGCUCCAGAACCAGCCAGACUCGUCCUCCCAGCCCUCGUUACCGUCCUGCUGGCGAACGUCCUCUCCUGA